AUGCCCUCGUCGUCGUCACUGCUGAGGUUGUCGCCCAUUCGCCGCGCCGCUGUCGCCGUGAUGACGCGGGCGUUGCGGGCCACUUCCACUAACAUGUCCUCCAGGACACGCGUCACGAUGGCCAACGCCGCGGGUGACAACGGCGCGAACAUCCUGCGGCCUCCAUACCCGACUGAGGGCGGCAGUGUUCCCGUAUACUCGAUGAUGCACGGGCAGAUUGACAAGCGCAACUGGGUGUUUCGCAACCCGCAGUGGUGCGAGCUGUGCAACGAGCCGGUUUCCCGUUGGUUAGAUCAUCAGGGUCGCAAGGACCACGCAUUGUUGGAUUUGCACUACUCGCAGCUGGCCGAGUGGCCGCGUCGAUGGAACCCCGAGGCGGUGCUGUCGACGUUCAUGCAACACCUCGGAAUCGACAGCGUGGAGCCGUACCACGCUCUCUUCUCCAAGCUGGACAGCGAGGGCCGCACAGAGCUGUACGCGAUGCUCGUCAAACUGGAAGAGGCUGGUAUGGUGCACUUCGGCAGCAGCCGCGACACCUAUCUCAGCCGCAUGGUCGGUGGGAUGCGCGGGUUCGACCAUCAAGGCGCGCUGGUGUUGCACGAGUGCCUGAUGGGCCCCUUUCUGCGACUCUUUCCAAACGGCCUCAUACAAGAUUACUCGAACCUCCUCGACUUCAUUUCGUGCGGCUACAAUAUGGAGACGGUGUACGACAUGUGCGGUAUGUACACGCUGGACAAGGUGGCACUGCGGGAGCGUUACGGACCGAGCUCGCCCGCCGCGAUGGGGCUGGGCGGCGUCGCGACGUGCUCCUCCGCGUCGCGCGGCUACGAAAACGACUUGCUUGCGUCCUUGUCGGCGGCCUCGUCGUCGUCGUUGUCGUCCGCCGCCUCCGACAGCGCGGCCAACGCUGCGAGCGCCCCAGGUGGCGGCAGCGGUACCAAGGGCCGGCUCGCGCAGCUGCAAGCCGCACGGGCCGCGAAGUUGCAGGAGAAGUCAGAGGAGGAAGCCUUCUCGCGCAAGACGGCAUUCGUGCGUCAGAUCCUCGGGCAGCUGCGGUGGCUGCUGAUGCCAGAGCAGGAGCACCCGGCCGGUUUCACGUUCCCACCGCACAUCAUCACCCUGGGCGAGCUGUGCCUGAAGGGGCUGGUGGUCGCCAUUAUCGAGGCACGCCUCUGCGAGUACAUGGUACGCGCCGAGCCUGUCUGGGUUUCCUUCGGCCUCGAGCGGCGGAAGCUCAAGCAGAGCGCGAUCGCGAAUGCCGGAGACGUGGUGCCGCAGCCGGUGCAGUACUCGUACCGCCCCAUGGCCCGCGACCUGCGCGACCUGUACUCCACCCAACCAAGCGCGCUGGAUGCAAUGGUGCAGGCGGGCCUACUGAAGAAGAAGCUACCGACGCUGAAGGCGUUUGGGAAGCACGAGGCGUCAUCGAUGCAUGCGAAACUAGUAAAAGGAGGGGCGGCAGCGGUGGACAGCUCACGUGAAAGCCCCUCAUCAGCAUCUGCACCCCCCUGCUGCGAGCAGGCCACUGCAACAGAUCAUUAUUGGCAAGCCACCCCAGCGAAAGGAAGCGCAAGAUCAAGAGAGGGUGCGUCGAGGCGGUGA